AUGGCAUGUUUGCAGCUGCCAAGCUCCUUACGAGCUGCAAAAUGUGGAGAUGUGAAGGAGUACCGGAGGACGAUCCGAAGUCUCCGGCUUCACCGUACACGCCUUCGGAGAGAGGCCCCUUGCUGGGAGCCAAGGUCCAAGUCAAAGCUCCUGUGCACUUGGAGAGGCCACGGCUCUCCAGCUUCCCGGAACUCGGUCAGCCGGGCAUCGCUGUUCUUCAGCCCCGCGGUUGCAAGCGUUGUGCCGGCGGCAGAACUUUACCUCUGCAGAGCUGAGGUUACGAUGAUGAAGAUGCCGGUGAAAUGGCCAUCCAUUACCUCGCGCGAGGGGAGCACAGUGUCGCUGAAGGCGCAGCCGUGGUUGCCGCAAGAGGGGCGCGCAGCAGCUGCAGCAGCAGAGGCGGCGCAGCGCUGCUUGUCCUGGACUCAUCGAGACCAGCGCCUUUGGAAGCUGCCAGACCCGCCCUCAGCAGCCUUAUCUCCAAGUGAGCAACAGCUGGCCAACUCAUUCAGCGAGCAUCCCAAUUACAUCAAUCAGGAGCUGACAGACGAGCGUCGCGCACGGCUGCUCCAUGAACUGGCGACCAGCGGUCGGCUGCCACUUGGGCAGUUCCUCGGCAAAGAAAAAAUGAGAGUCAAUCACAGGCUUCAGGUGGUCAACGCAGCCGCGCAGACACCACUGCACUGCGCUGCGGCUUCAGGAUCCUGUGCUGUCGCCCAGGAGCUGCUGGUGCUGCUGGGCCACGAAGUGGCAACGAUAGGAGCAGCUGCGUACACGGAGGAGGCGUCCAUGACCGGCCCCGAGACUGAGUCUAGCUGCGACGGCUGUGCCAAUGCAGGGCCUCUCCGGAAACUGCCACAGCAGCGGCAAGCUUUGCGGGAGUGCCUGUCUGGCGCGUUAGGCCGAAUGAACCCUGAUGG